UCAUGCUGCUGCCAGGUCCAGAGUCUCUCAUGGGUCCCUGUACGGCCUCCCAUUGCUGCUGUCUCCAUCGCCACACUCUGCCAUGUGCCACUUUCAGGUCUCCUCACACACUGCUGGUGUGUUCCAUUUUUUGUCAUAGGGUGCUGGCAGAUUACGGGCCUCCCAUAGCUGCUGCCAGGCCCCUAAUCUGCCAUGGGCCCCCUAUACCGCCUCCUCAUGCUGCUGCCAGGUCCAGAGUCUCUCAUGGGUCCCUGUACGGCCUCCCAUUGCUGCUGUCUCCAUCGCCACACUCUGCCAUGUGCCACUUUCAGGUCUCCUCACACUGCUGGUGUGUUCCAUUUUUUGUC